UACAAGGAAGUCCUCCGUACGGCGAACUAUAGACGCCCAAAGACUAACAAUACCUGAAAAAACCUGAAUCAGGGUUAAGACAGAGUAUGGAGGAGACGAAACAACUUCAGGCGGAAGCCACGGAUGCUCCUGGACCAGAAGAGGAGGCCAAAAGGGCCGCCGCUGCAGCCAAGGUGGCUAACCGCCUGCCUGAAGUUCGCCUGGUGGUGCUGGGCUGGAGGUGGCCCGGGAAGAGCCUGACUGGAAACACCAUCAUAGGCCGAGAGGAGUUCCGCUUGGAGCGGGCAUCCGAGUUCUGUGUGAAGAGGCAGACGGAGGUGCUGGGGCGGCAGCUGACCGUGGUGGACACUCCGGGCUGGUUCUCGGCCCAGGACACGCCGCCCUCCUACAAGGAGGAGCUCGUGAGGGGGGCGACUCUUUGCCCUCCGGGUCCACACGUCUUCCUGCUCGCCAUCCCCGUCGGCAUGUUCACAGAGGUGGAUCGCGCUCGCAUCGAGGAGCACGUGAGCCUCUUUGGCGAGCGCGUGUGGAAGCACACGAUCGUGGUCUUCACCUGGGCCGAGGUGUUGAGGACCAUUUCCAUCGAGAGGUACAUUCGCAGGGAGGGAAAGGAGUUGCAGUGGGUGCUGGAGAAGUGCAAGCGAAGGUACUUUGUCAUUAAUAACUGCAUAUUCGGGGAGCAUCCCCAGGUGGAGCGUUUGCUGGAGAAGGUGGAGAAGAUGGUGGCAGAGGAGGGGGGCUACUACGACCCAGAGGAGGUGGAGAAGGAGAAGAAGGAGGAGAAGAAACCUCUGGAUGAGAACCAGAAUCCAGCUCGCGAGGGACGGGAGCUGGGGGCACGGCCUAAACAGAACUCUGUGCUGAGGUUGUCGAAAACCAUGGAGGUGGAGCCGCAUUCCAGUGAGUGAUGCACACAUUUCGGCUUCCAAGAAAGUCAAACUGGAGCCUAAAAAUGAUAUGAGUUUCUUUCUUUUUUUAUUUCAAGAUAACAGUUAAAGAUCAUUAGCCUCUAAAACAGCACUAGAAUAAUGAAAAUGAUGUAAAAGUGGAGCCCUGUUAAUAAUGCACUGUGUUUUAUUGUAGAUUAAAACAUGAUGGACCCGCUCAACCACAACCACAAGAAGGAAAAGCGUAACUGAAAUUUCACUGACUGUACAAACCAGUGACUUAUUUAUUUUUUUAAUCUGUAUUUUAGGUGUGUUCUUUAUGAUUCUCACUGUGAUGACACGAGAGGCCUUUGCCACAUAUGUUUUCAUGUUUCAUGAUUUAUGUUUCCUUUAGUCCUUCAGUUUUAAAGAUGUUCUUGUUUUAGCAUCUUGAGGGUUGUGUGAUGGGAGGGAUUUAAUCUAAUCCAAAACAAGGAAGCACAAACUAUUACACGUCUGGCCGUCAUCAAUUUUAAAGCCAAUGUGUAAACUCUUUAAAGUCUUGGCGAAUACCAACGGCAGAACUGCACUAAUAAACUGUUACUAAUAUUCUGCCGAUGACUGUUGAGGGAAAUUGUUUUUCUUUUGGCAAUUCCCAUUUGUUGUGACCAAACUGUAAAUGCUUUUUCUCGUGCUGCGAUGUUUAUUACUCUUUCAGUGUACAGUUAUAAAGCACAUUAGUUAUUGAUUAAAUGGAUCUGUCACGUAUAUAUCACUGUGGCAGAGGGAUAUAUUUCAGGAAAGGAUGCCUGGACACAAAGAGCGAACUGUUAUGAUAGCCGAUUAAUUGUUUAAAUUAUUCUUUUCAAUCAGAAAAGGUAAAUUCUCGCGGCUUUGUUGAUUUUCUGAAAGUAAACAGUAAAUAUCUUUGGGUUUCAUAGUGUGUUCGACUAAAUAAGCAAUUUAAAGUCAUCUUUUUGGGCUUUAGGAGACUGUAAUGGGUAUUUUUUUAAGAUUUUGACAGACUAAACAAUGAGCUAAUAGAGAAAAUAAGUGUCAACCUUAAAGGACGCCCAAACACUGCUGCUGUUAACUUACUCUUUAAGGGUAUGAGCAGUGUGUUUGAAUGUAAACAUAACUCUGUUUACAAGAAAAAAAACCAGCAGGCAAGGUUUUUGUUUGUCGAAAAACAAUAAUCUCGGUGAAACCUGCUGUAGUCUGUUGCUUUCAGUUGGCUACACAAGCAGUAAGCAAGACUCUCCAACUCUUUGUUGUGGUGUACUAUUAUUGGAUGGCGGAGUCAGCUGCUCUGGACAGACACUCAAAUCUUCUGAGGACACGUGUAACUGUUUUUUAUAGGCCCUUGAUAGCUCACUGUAAUGACCACCAGAUGAAUCGGGUAGUGUUACACCACCAUCUGACCAUACACAGGUGAACACAGUCGUGAUUCGAUGCCUUGAACGUAUCCCUCUGCUGCAGAUCAGUUCACAUAUACACAGUUACCAACUGCCAGUUUAACCCUGUUCAUUUAGUUUUAGUCAACCAACCCUGGUGAAAUGUAGGUGUGACGGGACAAUCGAAUAGGAAACCAGCAAGGCCCCGAUGGCCAACUGACUCAAAGCCUUUUAUUACGGGGAAGCUGUAGAUACUGUUCCUUAAAGAAGCUGUCAGCCUUUUGCAUGAAUGUGUUUUUACUUAGUAGAGAGUAGAGAGCAAAUCCAAUGCUGUAUACUCGGACAUGACAUGUGAUAAUACUGACGUGUUUGUUGACACUAAGUGCUGAAAUAUGAUACAGGAAAGAGGUCCGCUGUAGACCGAAUGUACACUAGUGCCUAAACUCAUUCUCUGAUUUUUUUAAAAAGUUUUAUUAUAUUUAGCGGUUUGACAUAAACACGUCAUGAAAAAGUACUUUAACACUGCUACAGGUGUGGGGCAUACUGUAUUUGAUUAAAUGAUAAUUAGCAUGUUUUCAAAAGCAACAUGGAACCACUAAUCCACCAGUCAGAAAACAGCAGAAUUUAUUUAAUAAAAAUAUAUAUAAAGGAUGAUUGGACACAAAAUAAGGUCAGGAUAUAGCAGACGUGUACAAAAACUGCUAUUGGGGCACGCAACCUAAUACAAGCCACAUCUGUAGCAGUGUUUGUAAUGGUGUUGAGUUACUUUCUUAAGUCCAGCAUGUGAAUCGGGUUACACUUAAGCAAUUAAUGAACGUAACGGAGGCGACUGCUUUUGCUGUAUCUUCUGUAGACUUAUUGUCUUAUUAUUAUUAUAUGUCUUAUUGACCCACACUAUUUGCAGUAGGUUUGCUUCUUAGAAAUGCUCUGUUGUUCUAAGCUCAAAUAAAUGUGUAUUUUGAUCCAA